CCCAUCAGGACAUUUAAGCUGGAAGCUUUGUCAGACUGCCUCACUGUUCCCUGAGCAAGCAGGAAUGCAAACUGCGGUUUUAGCAUUAGCAUUCUACUUGGAACAAAGGGAGGCACCCACAAGCACUACACACCAGCACAGAUUGUUCUGGUUCUCCAUUAGGGGGUAGCCACAGCCAUUUGACUCUUGACUCCAUUUAAACCAUUCUCCAACCCUUGCCUCCAGAACUGAAUCCUUACAGAGUUUUGUUUUUGUUUUUGCUUUUGUUUCUGUUUGACUGAACCAGUAAUUUUUUAUUACUUCUUCUCAAUAGAUGACACAGGCUGUCCUAGUAGCCAGUCAGUAUCUCCUGUGAAGACGCCAUCAGAUGCUGGAAAUAGCCCCAUUGGCUUUUGCCCUGGAAGUGAUGAAGACUUUACCAGAAAGAAAUGCACAAUUGGAAUGGCUGGUGAAGGAAACAUUCAGUCAACUCGAUACAAGAAGGAAUCAAAGUCAGGCUUCGUGAAGCCAGGCAGUGAAGCUGAUUUUAGCUCCUCGAGCAGCACCGGCAGCAUCUCCGCCCCUGAGGUCCACAUGUCCACUGCGGGAAGCAAGCGCUCUUCGUUUUCACGCAAUCGAGGUCCUCACGGACGGAGCAAUGGUGGUUCAUCACACAAGUCUGGCAGCAACCCCCCAUCCCCACGGGAGAAGGACCUUCUGUCCAUGCUUUGCAGGAAUCAGCUGAGCCCCGUGAACAUUCAUCCCAGCUACGCACCUUCUUCCCCAAGCAGCAGCAACUCAGGCUCCUACAAAGGCAGUGACUGCAGUCCAGUCAUGAGGCGUUCUGGAAGGUACCUGUCUUGUGGUGAAAACCAUGGUGUCCGACCCCCAAACCCAGAGCAGUAUUUGACUCCGCUGCAGCAGAAAGAAGUGACAGUGAGACACCUCAAGACCAAGCUGAAGGAAUCUGAGCGCCGGCUUCAUGAGAGGGAGACUGAAAUCGUGGAGCUCAAGUCCCAGCUGGCCCGGAUGCGAGAAGACUGGAUUGAGGAGGAGUGCCACAGGGUGGAGGCCCAGUUGGCGCUCAAGGAAGCCCGGAAAGAGAUUAAACAGCUCAAGCAGGUCAUUGAAACCAUGCGGAGCAGCUUGGCAGAUAAAGAUAAAGGCAUUCAGAAAUAUUUUGUGGACAUAAACAUCCAAAACAAGAAGCUGGAGUCUCUGCUUCAGAGCAUGGAGAUGGCGCACAGUGGCUCUCUGAGGGAUGAACUGUGCUUGGACUUCCCGUGUGAUUCCCCAAAGAAGAACUUCCCCCUAAAUCCCCCUCUUGGCAAGAUGGCAGAUGGGUUGUCUCUGGAGGAGCAGGUCAUGGAGGAAGCUGCCGAGAGGGAGCUGCUAGCAGGAGACAGCACGGCCGUCAGCACUGAUUUGCUGGAUGAGAUUCCCGCCACCAUCACGGAAUCUGGUGACCUGGAGCAGGAGCCUGCCAGCUCCGAGGCCGACGUCCUUGGGCUGCUCCCCCUGGUGGCGGGUCAGGAGGAGGGCAGCAUGGUGGUGGAGCGAGCCGUGCAGACCGACGUGGUGCCCUACAGCCCUGCCAUCUCGGAGCUCAUCCAGAAUGUCCUGAAGCUCCGGGAGCCCUGUCUCUCCACCUCAGCCUCCCCUGACGAGUCUGAGCCUGACUCCAUGGAGAGCUGCCCAGAGUCCCCCUCUGCCUUAGUGGUUGAUUUAACACCAAAAAAUCCAAACUCGGCCAUCCUCUUGUCUCCCGUGGAGACCCCAUGCACCAAGGUGGGUAUGGGUGCCCAUGCAAACCACCUCAUGGGGGAGCUGGAUUUUGCGGCCUACACGGAAGAAAGGUUGGAUGGUGUCAUCCCUCUAGCUCGCGGGGGCGCCAUGCGGCAGUAUUGGAGCAGCAGUUUCCUGGUGGAUCUCCUGGCGGUGGCUGCCCCAGUGGUCCCCACGGUCCUGUGGGCCUUCAGUACUCAGAGAAGGGGAACAGAUCCCGUCUAUAACAUCGGGGCCUUGCUGCGGGGCUGCUGUGUGGUGGCCUUGCAUUCGCUCCGCCGCACUGCCUUCCAGAUCAAGACCUAAGGAGGACUUAUUGUUCCCAUGUGCCAGUGUGUCCCGUGUGGGUUGUGCCAGGUAGAGAAACAGGAGGUCGGCCUCUGGCGGUCUCUGUUCUGUUGUUUUGCUCCUCGGUAUUUAAUUUGCACUAUGUUUAGUUGAAGCCCUUUCACUGUUUAAAACCGGAGGUAUCUUAAAGGCAUGGAGACCUGGUUCCAGUGGAUGUCCCACCCUGUGGUGUAGAAAGCAUGCUCAUGACCCUGCCGUGUCGUCCGAGGUGCCCGUUCUUAUCCUAGUGGUUCAGGAAGAGAAAAUGCAGAGUUUGCACUUUCAAGAGAACUCCUCUAAGGCUGGCAUGUCUCUCCUCGCUUUGCUUCGUGCCGUUUUCCAAUGUGUCAUUGUUCUGGCAUUCUGAUGGUCUUGUGCAUAGCAGGGGACUGUAACCAAAAAUAAACAUGUAUUUGUGUCAUUAGUUUGAAGAAGUCUCGAAUAGCUUUUUAGUGUCUUACUUGGGGUUGAUAAGGUUUGAGUGUUUGCGAUUUUUUACUACAUGUAGCUCCAAAGUCUUAAAUGGCUGGCUAAUUUGUUCUUAAACUGUUAAUGGAUGAAACUCUCUGUAAGUUUACAAUGUACUAAUUUAUUUUUUGCUUAUUAUAUAUAGCGUUUUAUUGGAAAUUGUUUGUAACCACACACUUCAGCAUGAUGAAAAUAAAGAUUAGUGUUUCCAUUUAAAUAAAUGUUUUAUCCUCCUAUAAAAGAAU